CAAACCAUUCGUGCUGUGUUUACUUCAGAUAAGGUUUCACCUAGGGUAGUAAAUUAACCGAUAUACAGGCGUGUAUAGUAAUCUGGGAUGUUACACUAUUUUGACAGCCAGGGGGAAGCGUUGUACAGUGCUUACAGUACACUACAACCAGGAAGCGAGCGUCAGAAAAAGGAUCUCAAGCCGUGCCGAAGCGUCAGUAUAGGUACAGGGCGGCUCGUUUCAACUUCUUCCGUCAACCAUCACAAACCAAACUGUGUCAAACCUCUGCUCGAGUUGGAGACAGGUGUUGAAAGCCAGCAAGGUGGACAUUUAUUUAGCCCGUAAGAUUGCGUGCGGCGACUUUAAUCGGUUUUAAAGACAUAGAACAGCUUACACGCACGGGGAAAGAACCGAAGAGUUCUGAGAUUCACUUUUCGUCUCCUUCUCUCACAUCAUGGCUACAACAACCUGUACCAGGUUUACUGAUGAAUUUCAGCUCUACGAGGAGUUGGGAAAAGGUGCCUUCUCUGUGGUCAGAAGAUGCAUGAAGAUCUCAUCCGGUCAGGAGUACGCUGCCAAAAUCAUCAACACCAAGAAGCUGUCCGCCAGAGACCACCAGAAGCUGGAGAGGGAGGCUCGCAUCUGUCGCCUGCUGAAGCAUACCAACAUCGUGCGGCUUCAUGAAAGCAUAUCUGAAGAAGGAUUCCACUACCUUGUCUUCGACUUAGUCACAGGAGGAGAACUGUUCGAGGACAUUGUUGCCAGAGAAUACUAUAGUGAAGCCGAUGCCAGUCAUUGCAUUCAGCAGAUCCUAGAGGCCGUGCUCCACUGCCACCAGAUGGGUGUGGUCCAUCGCGACCUCAAGCCUGAGAAUCUCCUCCUGGCCAGCAAACUGAAGGGAGCCGCGGUGAAGCUGGCGGAUUUCGGCCUUGCCAUCGAAGUGGCGGGGGAGCAGCAGGCAUGGUUCGGUUUCGCCGGGACCCCAGGGUACCUUUCACCUGAAGUUCUGAGGAAAGACCCCUACGGGAAGCCUGUCGACAUGUGGGCCUGUGGUGUUAUCCUCUACAUCCUGCUGGUGGGCUAUCCUCCUUUCUGGGAUGAGGACCAACACAGACUCUACCAGCAGAUCAAGGCUGGGGCCUAUGAUUUUCCCUCUCCAGAGUGGGACACGGUGACUCCUGAAGCAAAGGACCUGAUCAACAAGAUGCUCACCAUCAACCCUGCCAAGCGCAUCACCGCUGCCGAAGCUCUCAAGCACCCCUGGAUCUGCCAACGCUCCACUGUGGCCUCCAUGAUGCACAGGCAGGAGACUGUGGAAUGCCUGAAGAAGUUCAAUGCCAGGAGGAAGCUCAAGGGUGCCAUCCUCACCACCAUGUUGGCUACACGAAACUUCUCAAGCAAGACACCCUUCAACAAGAAGCCUGAUGGAGUGAAGAUCAACAACAACAAAGCCAACGUAGUGACCAGCCCCAAGGAGCCGGUCUCUGCUCCGGCGCUGGAUAAACCGUGCGACCCAGGAGCUCCUAGCGAGCCUCAAACUACCGUUAUCCACAACCCCACUGAUGGACAGAAGGAGUCCAGUGAGAGUGCGAACACCACCAUCGAGGAUGACGAUGUGAAAGCUUACAUGUUAACCAUGAAAGCGCGUAAGCAGGAGAUCAUUAAAGUAACUGAGCAGCUGAUUGAGGCCAUCAACAAUGGAGAUUUUGAGGCCUACACGAAGAUCUGUGACCCUGGUCUGACCUCUUUCGAACCUGAGGCCUUGGGGAACCUGGUUGAAGGCACCGACUUCCACCGAUUCUACUUUGACAAUGCUUUGUCUAAGGGCCAUAAGCCUAUCCACACCAUCCUGCUGAACCCUCACGUGCACCUGAUCGGCGAGGACGCGGCGUGCGUGGCCUACAUCCGCCUCACCCAGUACAUGGACGCCAGCGGCAUGCCCCGCACCAUGCAGUCCGAGGAGACGCGCGUCUGGCACCGCCGGGACGGAAAGUGGCAGAACGUGCACUUCCAUCGCUCCGGCUCCCCUUCUGUGCCCUCCAACUAACAUGGCCUCCACACUGCUGUUACCAAGGAAAAACACUUCCUGCCAGCUGAGCAUUCAUCCUGCCUAUCCAGUCUCGAUCACAUCCUGCCCCCGCCCACUGCAAUUGCUCUACCCAAUGGGAGUCUUGUUUACAUAUCAUCACUGCUGGACUUAGAUUCUGGAGGGGUGGGCCAACUCAUGAUAUCAUUACUGUGUGUCUACUUUUUUGUUGAAGGCGAGAUGAUGCGUGUCAUUUUGGGCCAUUCUCAUAGCAGUGCAGUAAUCAAAAGAGCAUGAAAUUAACAUAACCCAUAUAACUUCCCAUUCCUAUUUUAAGUGUUGUGAUUAUUGUCAGAGAGCCAACUUGCGUUGUACACUUAACUAAAUCCCGUUCAGUCACUUGGGCAUGUGCCGUUCUUUCAAACACACUAGAGAGGGGGAAUCGAGGUUCAAAUUUCCAAUAUUGCCAAGCUCACUGACCACUCUUGUCAUCCGCACUGGUGUAUAGCAAGCGGUAAGUGAGAAGUGUGACUGGUUCCAUCCAUCAGAUUAGUGGGGACGCGCGUCAGAUAUCACCGAUUUCACCACAAAGAGGUAGUCGCCAGCAUAUCACAGUCACUGCCUGCAUUACGUCAUCAUCUUUUAAGAAAUACGACAUACGUUUCAUUUUACGUGCAAUAUGGCAACACUUUUUAAGUAUACAAACUGAAUGGCAAAAACAACUUAAGCUUGCUCAUAUUCUUUAUUUUUUUUUGCUUGUUUGGUUUUGGUUGUUUAGAGGUGUUUUGUGUGAAUAAGAUGAAUUGCUACUAUUGCUUUUACACAUUGGAGUAUUAACAGUAGUCUGUGAGCUUAGUUUAUGAGUUUCAUGCAAGUCUGUUGUGCUGCAUCUCAAGAUGGUCAAGCAAACAUGGUUUCUUGACAACAACAACAACAAAACAAAAAAAACUUUUUUAGCGAAGAGGUUCUGAACAUGCUUGGUUCCAUCAUCACAGCCGCACAGGAAAGAAAUACGUGUUAAGAAGUUAAAUGUUUUAACAGGAAAGGAAUGUAAGAUAGGUCUUUGUACCAUAUGCCAGAGCAAAGUCUUGUACUUUAACUUAUGGAAAACUCGUGGACAAGUUAUUUUUAUGGUGAAUUCAGUGAUUUUUCUUUUGUAUUGUUUUGAUUUUCUUUUUUUUCUGUAUUUUUAUAUUGCAAAACUUCAUUGACACUCAUUGUUUCUCUCCAGGUUGUGUUCAUCUCUAUUUUCUUCACCUCUGUUCCUUGGUAAUGAUAGGCACUGUAUGAGUUCAUUUUCUAUCACCUCUUUGGUCCCUCCAGACCUCUGUAGUCCUCGUAAGGUUACACAACCCCACUCCACCCCCCCCCCCCCACACCCACACACCCACACACACA